AUGUGCUCCGGGCAGACGGGAUCCAGCUGCCAGCAGCAGCACGAGGGAGCGUGCCCGGGGCCCGGGGGCCACGGGAAGGGGCCGGGGGCUCCCGCUGCCCGGCAGAGACUCCGGCGAGCCCAGGCGAGCCAGAGCUGCCAAGAGAAAUGGGCAGAUUAUGGGAUGAACGCAGGCCAAGGCAGGGCUGGGAUGCAGCCGCCGGAAAACACGACCCCCUCGGGGCUGCGACCGACGGGGACACGAUGGGGGCAGACGCAGACUCUGCUCAGACGGGCCAAGGCCCUCCUGGCCCCGCAGCCCUCGGGGCCGGGCCGGGGCUCCGGGCGGAGCUGCCGGCGGUGCCGCAUUCCGGAGAAGCCGCCUCCGCCGGCGGCCGGUGCCAGCAGGCGCUGGCAGGUUCGGAGCUUCGCAGCGAUUCCAGGCACAGAUGUCCUUGUUUUAACUCCUCUGCGAUGGAGCCUGGCAGACCGGGCGGGGGAGGGGGCGGCUCUGCAGCCCCCGGGGCGGCGAGGACCGUUGCCAGCCCGGCCCGCCCCGGCCGCGGCUCCGGAGACCGCCGGGACCCCCCGUUCCCCCACGGGGGACGGCGUCCUGGGCUCCCCAUCGCACAAAAACAAGGACAGCCCCCCCACCCGGGCCCCCAAAUCCCUCCCUGUCCCCUACACCCCUCCCGACCCCCGGGCAGCCCCCGGCCCCCGGAGCGGGGCCGCCUCCGCAGCGCGGCGAGCGCCGGGCGCCGGGAGCCUCCGCCCCCGGCCCCCGCGUCCCCCUCCUCCCCUCCGCGGGGGCAUCCGCCCUUCGCCGCCGCUGCUCCGGGCCGCGGCCCCGGUGCCGCUGGUGGCGGAUGGCGGCAGAAGGGCCGCACAUCGACAGCCCCGGCCCCACGGAACCUCCGUCCGGCCCCAUCGGUUGUCCCCGGGUCCUCCCGGGGCUUUUUCCCCCGAGAAACGAGUCCCGGGAGGAUAUUCGGGCCAGAGCCGUCGGAAGAGGAUCCGCUGCUUUGGGGAGAGCGGCGAGCGCCGGGGCCCGGCCGGGGGUUCGGGGGCCACUGCAGGGGCUCGUGGGGCCGGGGCGGAUCCGCUCCCCGGCUCGGGCCCGACGCCUCGACACCGGCGGCUCUGGGACCGGGCCCAGCACGUCGGGGCCGCGCUGGAUCCGGCCCCAGUUUGCAGCCACGGCCCGACCCUAAACCGGCCCGGUUUAUCCCUAAAAGCCGCGGGGCUGCGGGGCGCGGGUAUCAGACACCCAUCCCGGGAGGAAACCGGUGCCUCCGUCCCCGCAGCCCCUGUGUGGCCCCGGCGCUCGAUGACCCCGGGGGGAACCGGCCCCCACGACCCGCGUGGCCCGCGAAACCGGGACCUCAGUGCCCGACGCUGCCCGGUGCCGGCGGCCGUCGGGUGGCGACGAGCCCCGGUGGUGCGGUCGGUAAAUAAACCGAUGGCCGUUAAGAAGCCCGGGCUCCCGUUCAGCACCGCCGUAGCGGACAGCUCCGCUCCGGGCACCGGCGCCGCACCGCGCUCCCAGGGCUCCACCGGGCACCGGGCAGCGGUACCGACACUGGCCCUGGGUACCGAGAACGGCACCGGACACUGGGCACCGGAACCGCAUCGGGUAUCCCGGGGCUCCCAUGGGCACCGGCUCCCUGAACCGGCGCGGGAGCUUCCGGGACUCCAACGGGCGCCAGCGCCGAGAACCGGCACAAGCAUCGGCGCUGGCACCGGCACUGGCACCGGGCACCGAGCCAAGGCUCCAUCGGGAAGCAACACCGGGAACCGGCACCAGCCCCGGGCACCGCGCCGGGAGCCGAGCGGCUUCCCGGGGCCGCCGCCGAGGAACCGGCCUUGGCUGCCGCCACCGCGCACCCUUCCCGAGGCCACCGGCACCGCGGCCCGGUGCCAGCCCCGGGCACCAAGCUCCGAGCUCCCGCUCCCAGGGGACCGCAGCGGUGUCACCGCCGGUGGACCGAGCCGGGCCGCCGCACCGGAUCCCGGUGCCGUUAUUGGUGAGGGGGGGACACCGCCUCCCCGGUCCCGGGGGGGACACCCGUGGGGCAGAGCCGCGUUAUAUCAGCGCCGCCGCCCCGCGGGCCGCGCAUUCGGGCGGCGGGAGCGGCGCUGGCACCGCCGGGGGCAGGAGGGGGGGCUCGGCCCGGUGCCCCCGGUGCCCCCGGUGCCCCCGGUGCCCCCGGGGCGGAAGGAAAGCGGCGAAGGCGGCGGAGUCAACAUUGAAUAUUUAUUAAUCGCCGUCGAAGGACGCUCGGUAAUUACAGCCUCGCCGCGAUCGCACCGGCGGCUCGUCACGGCCGACGAGUCCUGGCGGGGCCGGGACCGGGCGACGAGCGUCCAGCGGGGCCGGGGGGGGGCGGCCCCGGGAGGGAGGGGAGGGGGCCGGUGCAUGCAGUACGGCCGGGCCCCCGGCCCCGCGCCCCGCGCUCCGCCGCCGCCGAGCAGUGUCCGGGCGGCGGGGACGGGGACCGGGAACCGGGACCGGGGAGCGGGAUCGGCGCCCGGCGCGGGGGGGUCUUGCAUAUCGUUGGCCAUAAAUAUUUAUUAA